AUGGCGGUUACCGUCCUUCCUCCGAGCUCGAUCACCGAGACCGUGAAAAUCGCCGUCCGGUCAACAACAACAUGCUCCGACGCCACGGUGUUGUCCCUCCAAACACUGCUGCGCGGAUCGUCGAAAGCACCCGGGAAGCCCGCGAGGAGGAAUACAAAGUCGACAAAGGAUACACCAGCCACUACGAGUCGAACCAAGACCUCCCGAGCGACUAAGACGCGAACUACGGCUGAUGUCGCGUUACACACAAUCACCAACCAGGAGGGCCCUUCCUUAUCACCCCAGGAGAAAUUGGUGCUCGCGACAGAAGUAUUCAACGUUACCCUGAAGACCCUCACAGACGCAUCGAAACUCUCUAUGACUAAACGCCAAACUACCCCCGCCGAUAAUGUGUCAAUGAAGUCGGAGAAGACCAAUGGCACAAUUGUGGACAAGGGUGUUUAUUCUGCGGCCGAAUGUGCGAGGCUAGCCCUGGCAACUUUACGAUCUCUUAAAACCGACCAGACAACGGGCGAGUUCCCGAAUAUGCAGCUCGAACAGGGGGUGUGCGUAUUAGUUGGGAAAUUAAUUUCCUUGGGAUUGAACGAGAUGGCGUGCAGAGAACUUCGGUCUCUUAAGCGAAGAAUACAGCAGCAUCUGGAUGCGCAAAGAAAGAGAAAGAAGACGACAGAUGCCAAAGAAACCGUGGAUGACGACACAGGCAAAGAACGGAUGUCUGAUCUACUUACCUUUUCGAAUAUCGCGAACGCGCAAUCUCUAUAUGGCCUCCUGGUCUCAUUCCACGCAAACGCAAUGCGCCUCUUUGCCUCCGAGAAGCGGCCUUCUACCAUCCAAAAGCUCUACCCCAUGUUACAACUGUCCGACCCGAGCAGCCCUGCUCAAGUUAUUUCUGCCGCCCUGAAAGCCGGUAGCCUCACAAAUGACAAGGCUGCUCUUCAAUUACAGCUGCUCUCUAAUACCGUGUUAUCGCUGGGCUCUGUGAAGUCGGUCUCUGACGAUGAAUUGACCAACACAGACUUGCUGAAACCGAUUACCGCUCUGAACCUGCAGCUUUUGUCGCUAGAGAUCCGGUGCUUGGGGUGGAAGAUAUCUGGGCAUAUUUGUGAUGAGAGCAGGGAAAUUUUCGACCCCCUUCUCCGCUACCUAGGCGGCUUUUCUCAUCGCAGCCAAGGAAUUGAGAAGGCUGAGUUUGCCGGUGUCUGGAAAACGAUUACCCGAGUUCAAUCGGCCGCGGCGGAGCUCAAGAAGACAUCCCUGGAUUCUAAGGAUAUGAAUACGGCUGCCAAGAUCAUGACUGUUCUUGGGCAGCUUGCUUUGGAUGCUGGCUGUUUUGACGAGUCGUUGAAAAUGUUUGCCAAAGCGAUCCCUCCUCUGUCAACUUCCCAAAGUCUGUGUCUCGCGACUGUUAGAUGCAAGAUCGCGUCUGUCCAUUUUCAAGCUCUGAAAAGUUCAAAGAAGUUCCUUGAUGGAGCUCUCAAAUCAAUGGAUGAGGCUGCCGCCGCUCUAGGCUUACAACUUCGGGGCAAUGCGACUGAUCUAGAUGAACUUCUGGUGGAGUCUGCAAGGUUGAAGAAACUAUCUCUUUCAUGGUUUGGUAAGGCAAUAGCUAAGACAUUUAAAGAUGAUGAAGAGAAGAAUGGGGUUGCGUCUCAAGUUCGAGAAUACCUACAGGCCUUUCUGAGGUUUCUUAGACGCUACGUUGGACGAAGACCAGGGGAGGAUAGCGACCCUAAGGAACUCGAAAUUUUCAAUAAUCGCAUCUCCAUGUCGAAGAACAUUAUUUUUGCCGGUGUUGACUCUGCUAUCGCUGUUGGAAAACUCUCUAUCAUGUCUCACCGGCCACCGUGGGACGACAUGCUUCCAAUUUUGACAGAUUCUCAUCGCCUUCUUAUGAGCCUCCAACCCGCGGAUGAGGACUCAGAUGAAUCUAUGGCAGAAAGCAUCGGCUCAGGGCUUGUGAAACUCUCCAACCUUUUUUGGUCUCGGUAUAUCAAGGAGAAAGAGGUCGGACAGGGUUAUCGCGAUCUCCUUCCCCUUCUCAAGCAGUCAACUCAGCUUCUGUCCGGCUGCGCCCCCUCUCACCGGACCACCGCUUUUGCUGCCCUCAAGUUUGAGAGAACGGCUCAACUGUAUCUAGAGGGCAAUAUGUAUACCGACUCAGAAAAGUCUUUCCGGCAGUCGAUCGCAGAGUACAUUGACUGCGGUACUCUCGAUCUAAUUGCCGAACGCAACCUUGGAUGCAUUCCCAACUCGAGCGAUCAAGAUGCUCAGAGCCCCGGCUUUAUGCUUGGCCGUGUGCUCACAGCUUUCCUGAAAAUGAAGUUGCGAGGGAAGGGCUCCAAAUCGUCCUCAAUCUACGAUGACACAGAAUUGGAGCCUGAGAAACGGGGUACACUUCUUGAGUGGCAGAUGGGGCUUCUCUGUGAUCUUCAUGGAUAUUGCUCAAGUCAAGAUGAUUUUCAGUCAUUUAUCAGCCCCCUCGUAGCCACCAUUCUCGAUAUCUAUUCGCCUGAGCUGUACCCUAUUCGCCAUGGCCGAGUGGUCCUGUCAGCCCUCAGAUUUGCCCUGGAGCAUCCCAAGGCCCUAGACACUGACCUGACUCAGAGACUUAUGAUGGAAGGGAAUGAGGCUUUAAAUUGUGAAGUCGAGAUUAACCAGGACACAGACUUGGCUUCUUUUGCAGCACACAUCACCAACUCCUUGCGCAUUAUUCUUGGUUUUCACCAGGGCAAAAUAGAUGUCGGUCAAAUAGACUCCACACUAGCUUCUUGGAGUUCAAUUCUUCGUCAGUGCGUGGAUUGGAAGUCUCUGGUUCUCCGGAUUUCCGAUCCAGAUUACUGGAUCCUUCAAUUGAAGGCCUUGGUCGACUAUACGGAGAUUCAUGGACUCUGGAAAGCCCAGCUCAAUUCACUGGAGCUCAUUCUUCAUGCAGCAGAGCUGCGGCAAAGCAAUGAUAUUUCCGAUGCAAUUCUCAUCCUCGCUCGCCUGGUCUUCCAGCACUGUCGGCUAGGUCACUGUCAGCAGGCGAGCGAGCUACUCUCCCGCGGCGAGCAAUAUCUCGCCCAACACAAUGUCUCUUCACAAGCGAAUAUUUCUUACAACAUCGCUCGUGUCGAAUAUCUUAUUGAAACUGGAGAGAUUGACAAAGCUGCCUCCGUGCUUUCCACGGCCAGGGCACUAUAUGAUAAGGUCCAAAAGUCGGACGAGCUUAGCAGCUUGACGGUCCUGUCGAAAAUCUCAUGGGAACGGCUCGUCGCAGAUGCCGCCUUCGUUCAGUCUCGGUUGUCAACUGCUCAAGGAUCCAUGAAUCAGGCACUCUACUUCGCCAAGCUAUCUGUCAGGCUCAAUUGCCGGAUCUGGGCCAAAGUUGAGAAAUUAGCCCAUAGAAAACAAGACAAGGCAGCAUUGGCUGCUGGAGCGCCUUCCGAUGUAGAAGCUGUCGCUGAGGGUGUAGCUAAACUUGACCUGUCUCAGAACGGCUCCUCGUCGGAUUUUUCUGCUGAUCAUGUCCAAGGCGCGCCCUUUUGGCCACAUCUCGGCUCGCAUCAUAACUGCCUGUUGAACCUUGCUACAUUGUCUGCUCAUCAUGGUCUUUUCCAAGAUGCUGUUUACUAUGGAGAACAAGCGCUGAAGAUUGACAAAACUCUUGAUGUCAAUUUUCGCCUUGUUGCAGCACAAACCCAGCUUGGCUGUUACCAGAUCUUGGGUGGCCACGUCUCUGAAGGAGAAGAGCUUCUUCUAGCUGCUUCGGAAUCAUCUGCGCAUAUCCAGACAAGUAUUGAUAUUGCUUCCCUCCAUAUGGCCCUGUCUUCUCUUUAUCGGGUUCAGGGCCGUCAUGAACAAGCUCUUCGAUUGCUCCAAGAGGCAGAUAAGGCAAUCACGGCAGUGACCUCUUCAGAUUCAAUGAUUAUUUCCGAAGCACCCAAAAUUGUUGCCAUCGAGGAAAAGAUGGAGAAACUGCAAUUACGUAGCAGUCGACGAACUCCAUCUACGACUACGGCUACAACCGCCCGCCGGCACACUCGUGCCACUAGCUCUGCUGCCCCUAGAAUAACCAAAAAGGCUGCAACCCCCAAGAUUCCACUGUCUGAUAUUCAGUCCAAUUCGCUUCUGCGGCUUAAGGGCGAUGUUCUUCGCCAACAGGCAGACUGUCUGCGUUCGUUAUGUGAUUUUGAACGCUCUGCUCGUACUCUUGCUGAUGCUCGACAAUUUGCUACGGCUCGAGAGAGCAAAGUUUCAUUAGAGAUUGGGGAGAGCGAGCAUCUUUUGGCAGAUGCCAUUCGGAAGUUCGCUAGCCAUGCUGUUUACUGUGUUUUACCCGAAUCUACAAUCUCCCUUCCAUCCCUUGAGUCACCCAUGAAGGGCGGAGAAGAACCCGUCCAUCAGCCCGCGAAACCUACAACAAGGAAGACACGGGCUCCAGCUAAGACCGCCCGCGUCAAAGCCCAGAAAGCAAGCGAAGAUUUCUCAAUUAUGCUCUCUAAGGCCAGUGAGUGUCUUAGCGGUGUCUUUGCCGAUGCCACCAUUCUUGGCUCGACUCUCGAAAGCCAUGCUGCAUCUCGCCUGAUGAGUCGAAUUUCCAUGCUAUCGCAUGCUACUACCCCCGGUGACCCAGCCACCUGGGCGCAAUUGCCUGCGAACAUGAAUGAAAUUGGACGCGUCGGCGCUUUCACCCGGGAACGCAUGGCUAUUGAUUUCGAUCGGCAACUGGCCGACUUUGCAGAUCCACUGCUUUGGCCAGCGUCUCCGCCAGCAACUAUUGAGAUGAAUAAAGAAAUUUGCCUCAAUUUCAGUCAAAACUACGUUGACAUUCUGCCACAGAAUUGGAAUGUCCUUUCUCUGUCCCUGAGUGCUGAUCGCACCGAAUUCAUUGUCUCGCGACUGCAGAAGAACCGCUCUCCGUUUCUUCUUCGGCUUCCUCUUCGACGAGGGAACUCGGAUGAUGAUGAAGAGGAUCAAUUUACAUUCGAGGACGGAAAGGAAGAAAUGCAGGAGCUGAUCAAGCUCUCAAAUGAGAGUGCCCAUGCCGCCAAGGCUCAGACAGACAAGAAAUCCAAGAGGGAAUGGUGGAAGAACCGAGAGGUUCUGGACAGUCGCAUGGAAAGCCUGCUUCAAAAUAUUGAGAAUCUUUGGUUUGGCGGCUUCCGCGGCAUUUUCUCUCCGGUCUCGCGUGAUAGCACUGCCCUGGCUCGGUUUUCGUCUGUAUUCCAGGGCAUCCUCGACAAACACCUGCCCUCUCGACAGAAAGGUGGAAAAGCUUCUUCUUCGCGUCGGCUCACGCUCCACCAGAAUGUGGUGGAACUGUUUAUCGGGCUGCGGGAGCUGGAGCAACAAGAAGAGCCUGAAGACAUCCUGAUGGAUUUGCUUUACUUCGUCGUUGAUAUUCUGCAGUUCCAAGGCGAACGCAAUGCGUACGAUGAGAUCGACUUUGACAUGAUGGUUGUCGAUACCCUUGAUGCGCUGCGCGGCUAUCACGAUGCUGCUCGCGAGGAACUUGCCUCGCGCCCGCCGAGUCAUACCAUUCUGGUGCUUGACAAAGCUUUGCAUCUGUUCCCGUGGGAGUCGCUCCCUUGUCUACAGGGAUUCCCCGUAUGUCGCGUUCCGUCUCUAGAAUGUCUCCGUGAACGCGUGCUCCAGUUCCGCAACGGCCGGUCUGGUGCGGUUGUGCGCCGCACCUCUGGUGCAUAUCUACUCAAUCCAACUGGCGAUCUUCGUACCACUCAAACUACCUUCGAAGGGGAUCUCUCGCGCCUGGGCUCUUGGACUGGCCUGGUGAACCGAGAACCAUCCGAAGACGAAUUCCGAACUUCGUUGGAGACGAAGGACCUGUUCUUGUAUUUUGGCCACGGCAGUGGUGCACAAUACAUCCGGGGUCGCACUAUCAAGCGCCUCACCAGUUGCGCUGUAUCUUUUCUCAUGGGCUGCAGCAGUGGCACUUUGACCGAGGCGGGGGAAUAUGAGCCGUAUGGCACGCCCAUGAAUUAUCUCCACGCAGGCAGUCCUGCUCUGGUCGCGACUCUGUGGGAUGUCACUGACAAAGACAUCGAUCGCUUUGCGACGUCCACAUUUGACACCUGGGGUCUGCUGCGAAAGGAGAAGUCGAGCUCGCGUGUAGGCGAGGUUGGCCUGGAUACCGCAGUUGCCAGUGCGCGCGGAUCCUGUGUGUUGAAGUAUUUGAAUGGGGCUGCGCCCGUUGUUUAUGGCGUUCCGGUGUUUUUGGAUUGA